UGCAUUACUCAUCCAUAAAUUGAAAGAAAUAUGCUUCCAAAGAUGAAACUAGUGGUUCUCAUAUCGUUUUUGCUCCUUCCAUUGUGUACUUCAAAGUUUGGUGAUAGCUAUGGAGAUGGAUUUCCUCACACAGUCCAAUAUUCAGUAAAUAUGGUUGAAGAAAGUAUCCCAGAAAUGAUAGAUUAUCCAAAAAGAGGUGUAAAUCCAAAUAAUGAUCAGAAAAGAAAUGGUUGGGGUCGUCCUGUGCGACCACCGCCAUCGCCUAUGAACUCUAAAAACCAUAAAGUGCAACAACCGCCACCGCAGAUGAAUUCUAAGAAUCAUCAUGUGCAACCAUCGCCACCGAAAAUGAACUUUAAGAAUGAUCAAACAAUAAACGGUUGGGGUCGUCCUGUGCGACCUUCGCCACCGCAAAUGGAUUAAAAAAUCAUGAUAAGAAAGCAUAUAUUUAAAAGUAUGAUAACUAUAUGAUAUGUGUAACUGUCAAACUAAUCAAAUUAAGUAAAUAAAAUGGUAUAAUAAACUUGGUCAAAA